AUGUGUGCCGUCAUUUGUGGCAUCUUCUGUCAAGGUGAUUUCUUCACAAGAUUGCUCUCUCUAUCUUCACUACCGGUAUCUGAUGGUGAGCUCGACAUUAUGGGUACCCAUGCCUAUCAUCAGACUGACAACAGGGACAAUUGCUACGGCUGUUCUCUCGCCAAACCACCACCUAAUAGUCAGGACACCAUAACCACGUGUGUCCCCUCAAUCCCCUCAUUCUCCAAUGCACUCCGCACCAUCAUCCUGUGGGCUAUCCCCGAGAAUCAACACUCCACAGGCACCUCAUCCACGAUCCCCGAUUCCACGGGACCUAUCGGAGACAGCUGCAGCAAAGCCAGCAACAACCUACUAAUGCACGGCGUCUGCUCACACACAUGUUUACGCAGUAGUCUAGACACCACGAUCUGCCGGGGAUGGCCCAUUGCAGGAAAAAAAAGAAGUGUCCCAAGCAUCCCAGGGGAAGGAUGUCACCGUCUCAUUUCAUGCCAUGGUGAAAAUCCCGCCCAGUUCACACAUAGUAUCCAGUAA